AUGUCCAGAGCCUUUUAUGUCUUGCAAAUGCAGGAGAAGGAUGUCCUCAAAUUCCUUGCAGCAGAUAUCCCCUUAGGUGGCACUAACCUGGACUUCCAGAUGGAACAAUACAUCUACAGAAGGAAAAGUGAUGGCAUCUAUAUCAUAAAUUUGAAGAGAACCUGGGAGAAGCUUCUGCUGGCAGCUCGAACAAUUGUUGCCAUUGAAAAUCCAGCUGAUGUCAGUGUGAUCUCAUCCAGGAAUACUGGCCAGCAAGCUGUGCUGAAGUUUUCUGCUGCCACUUCAAUUGCUGGCCACUUCACUCCUGGAACUUUCACCAGCCAAAUCCAGGCAGCUUUCUGGGAGCUGAGAUUUUUUAUAGUUACUGACACCUGGGCUGACCAGAAGCCCCUCCCAGAGACAUCUUAUUUUUUUUUGAAUGCAUCAAUAAUUCAAAGAUGCCAUGGAAUUUGGGAUCAGCGUUGGGAGUGGGUUGGAAGCUUCGACUCCCACCUGGGCCUGGGGAGGCACUGCACUGUCUUGAUGAAGUUGCUCCUCGGAGCAUCUCGCCAGUUUGGGAUCACUGAUUGCUUCGAUACGGUUCGCUGCAGCUUGAAAAGGGGGCUUUGGCUCGUCAAGCUUACGGAUUGCGUCAAGAGUUUCAAGUUCGACUUUUCUCCCUCUCCGUUGGCAAGACGCCUUUCUCAGAGCCUCACCUCCUUUUCCCUUGAAGUUUCUUUUUUAGCUCGCAACUCACUUCGACUCUCGGUUUCCAUCUCGGUCGCUUGCCUGAGAAUCACAAUCACUGGCCCAAGUUAA